AAUAGCUGCUUGGCAACGGAGCGCCGGAGUCCUGCAUUCACCGCGUCUGCGCUUCUGAACAGUUCAGCAGCUUCUGCUCCAAAAACAGCGCGAUUUAUUACAAAACCAGAGAAGAAGAAGCGAUUAAACUGUACUAACUGGAGUUACCUGUGCAGGUUUAGCGGGAAACACCUGCAGACCGGACUCUCACUCAUGACCCCCCCCUCUUAUCUCCAGCAGCAGCAGCGCGCGGAUGGAAGUGUGUUACUCGCUGAUCCCCACAAAGGAGCAGGGCUAGCCGGGUUGCCAGAUUGCACCGUUGUCAGACGGAGGAGCGCAUAAACCACCCGAAUUAAACUGGAGGAAAAAGGUGGAGGAAGCUGAAGUGCAGAAAGUGAAGGAGCGGGUGAGGUGGCCGGGCUGAUCAUGGUGCUGGUCAUGGUGCUGGGGUAGAGCUGGACAGGCUGGCUGGAAUCUGAGUGGCAGUUUUUUAGAGGAGGGAUUUUGGUGGCACCAUGAGCUGCUUCUGCUCGGUCCAGGAGGAGUUCUACUGCGAGGUUCUGCUGCUGGACGAGACCAAGCUCACCCUCACCUCUCAGCAGCAGGGCAUUAAGAAAUCCACUAAAGGCUCAGUGGUCUUGGAUUACGUGUUUAGCCAUGUGAACCUUGCAGAGAUCGACUACUUCGGGCUGCGCUACUGCGACCGCAGCCAUCAAACGUAUUGGCUCGAUCCUACGAAAACCCUCGCCGAACAUAAAGAUCUGAUAACGACCGGCCCUCCGUACACCCUCUAUUUCGGUGUUAAAUUUUACACAGAAGAUCCCUGUAAGCUAAAAGAGGAAAUUACAAGGUACCAGUUCUUCCUGCAGGUGAAGCAGGAUGUGCUGCAGGGAAGACUUCCAUGUGCGUUCAAUAUCAGCACACAGAUGGCAGCUCUGGCUAUACAAUCUGAGCUGGGAGAUUACGACCCGUACAGACAUGUGUCCGGCUACGUCUCGGAGUAUCGCUUUGUGCCAGAUCAGAAGGAAGACCUGGAGGAGGCCAUUGAGCAGAUCCACAAAACUCUGAUGGGUCAAACUCCUUCUGAAGCCGAGAACAAUUAUUUAAGCAUUGCCAAAGGACUGGAGAUGUACGGAGUGGACCUUCAUCCAGUGUUUGGAGAAAAGCAGUCGGAGUAUUUCCUCGGCCUGACACCAGUCGGAGUUGUAGUUUAUAAAAAUAAAACCCAAGUGGGGAAGUAUUUCUGGCCAAGAAUAACAAAAGUGUUUUUCAAGGAAACCCAGUUUGAGCUGCGGGUUCUGGGGAAAGACUGCAAUGAAACGUCGUUCUUCUUUGAAGCUCCCAGCAAGACGGCGUGCAAGAACCUCUGGAAGUGCUGCGUGGAGCACCACACUUUCUUCAGAAUGCCGGAGAAUGACUCCAGCACACUGACAAGAAAGCUGUCUAAACUCGGCUCCCUCGGCUCCAGACAUCGAUACAGUGGGAAAACAGCCAUGCAGAUGGGGAAGGACCAGUGUGUGGGUUUGCCCAGGCUGGACCUGGAGGUGGUGCGGACCCGCAGUAAGACCUACCCUAAGCGGAGCUCUCAGCCCACAGGGAUGAACAAUGGCAGCAGAUUGGUGACAAAGGCAGGAAAUUCCGUGACUGAAGGCCAGGUUAAAAACACCACACUCUCCCCAGCUAAAAGUCCUAAAGUGUCUAAAACAGAGGUCAGUUCAGAGGAUCAGCCAGGCAAGCCCACUGCACCCUGGGACGAGAACGCGCCGCAGAGUGGGCUUUACAACUCGGCCAGCGAGAGGAAUAAAUCCCCUAAAUUCCCCAAAGCACGCAGACGCACGCCCUCAGGAGGCAGCGAAAAUGAGGUGUCUCAAACUGCCAGACACAGGAGAGACCCGAGCACAGAGGACCCGGCCAGUAAACAGCAUCGGAGACGGUCACGUUCCCGGGGCAACACCAGCAGUGGCAGCGAGUCGGAGAAUUCCAACAGGGAGCAUCGUAAAAAACGCAACCGGUCUCGUCAGGAGAAUGAGAUGGUGGACUCUGGACCUCAGUGGGAGGCUGUUCUCCGCAGGCAGAAGGAGAAAACCCCAAACGACCCAAACCACCGGCGCUCGCGCCAUCGCUCCAGAUCGAGAAGCCCUGAUGUUCAGGCCAAGGAGCAGCUCUGGAAACACAUUCAGAAGGAGCUGGUGGAUCCCUCUGGCCUCACUGAGGAGCAGCUGAAGGAGAUCCCGUAUAAGAAAGUGGAAACCCAAGGUGAUCCAAUCCGCAUCCGGCACUCUCACUCCCCCCGCAGCUUCCGGCAGUACCGGCGCUCGCACUGCUCCGACGGGGAGAGGUCCGUCCUCUCAGAGGUCAACUCUCGGACAGAUCUGGUGCCCCCGCUCCCUGUUACCCGCACUGCCGAUGUGCCUGGCUCCAGCACCUCCACCGCACAGAAGAAGAACGCGUCCAAAGACAACCUGUCCGAGAGUUCCGAGCAGGACACGAAGAACAGCGCCAAGGUGGUGAAGACUGCACACGGGCAUCGGACCAAAACCGAGACGUGACCGCUCUACCUCUACAGCGUGGGAGGUUAGGAGGUUAGCAUGGACUGGACAGAGCAGGUCAGGUGCUGUUCGGCAGCUUGGUUUGUCGGUUUCACACAAGCGUUAAAGCUCCGGCCUGAAAAUGAAUUCAGUGAGACUUUCUUUGUAUGAAUGUCAUGUCUAUAUAAAAAACUGUGUAAAAACAUUUAUAUCACGUUAUACCACAGUUAGCUGCGACCCUGCAGUGUGAUUGGCUGAGAGGCGUUCAAUGAGUGCCAUUAUCAGCCGGUAAUGCACUAUUAACGGAAGCUCUCCAUGUAUUAAUCCGCCACAUACAGAUAGCCUAGCAACGAUGCGGCGCUUACAAGCCAAACAGUGCAGCUACAAACAGAGCAGCAAUGGAACAAUUUUAACUGGCGGCUUGUUCAUAACCAAUAAACAGUGAUAAUGGAACUGUGGUAUAAUCGCAACAAUACACUCGAGGUUAAUGCUAUAACAUGUAAUAUUGGCAUUGCUGUGCUGAUCAAUGGCAGUGCCAAUAUUACACAUUAUAGCACUCCCUCUCGUGUAUUAUUGCUUAAUUAUAAAGCUCUCAUAAGGCUUAUUACACACUGUUAUAAAUAUAAGGCUGGGCGAUAUUUUAAGAAAAAAUUCUAAACUCUUCAAAGAAAUAUAUUUUUUAUUUCUUGCAUAAGCACUGAAAAUUACAGAUCUAUUGGGUUUUAUUCCUAUUUUUAAUUGUAAUGCACAUUUAAAGCUUUUAAAUAUGCUAACUAUUAUUUCUUGAACAUUUAUUAUCCAAGGGAGUCAAAUCAGUGUAAGCUUAAAAAACUCAUUUGAAACCUAAAAUCUAAAACAAAAGUUUAAUUUUGCUAUUUUAAUUCUAUAUCUUGAUUACAACAUUAAUUUACAAAUACAUAACACAUUAUUGCAAUGUUUGUUAUGGAUAUUGAUCAUUGAUAUACAAAGAAUUGGAGAGUCCCAGCAUGCACAGAGCAUUAUAACUAAUAAUUUUGCCUACUUAUAAACACACUCUAUGAUUACUUUGACAGGCUUUUAAAAGAUUCACAGAUGGAAACCACAUGAUCACUGGUUCAAUUCCCGGUCAUGCAGUUUGCCGUUAUCCUUGCUCUCUCUGGGUGGGUACAGUAGAUGGUGCUCUUUCCCCUCAUGACUCCUAGGGUGAUGUUGAUCAGCACAAGGCGUCUGUGAGCUGAUCUAUAGGAACCCAGUUUAUAGAUAUUUAUAGCUAUAUUUAUAAUGCCUUAUGAAUGCAUUAUAAUGUGUUAUGAAUGUGUUCGUAGAGUCUUAUAGACAUGACAUUUAUAGAAAAGUCUGAGCAUGAAUUCUAUGCCAUAAGCCUGAUUAAGGCCUGUGUUAUCUAUGUUAACAAUCUAUGUUACAAGAAAGGAACUGAGGUCCUGGUCAGUACAACGAAUCGACAAAUCUAUAAUAUCUACAAUCGAAAAACAGUUUUUUAAAGGCGUAUCCACAUCAACUCUGACAAUCAAAUGAAGGAUAAUGGAGCAUAUGUACAGAACACGCCGCAGGUGUUUAAGGUGUUACACUGGCAUCGUUACACUGAUUUUGGAUUUUGAAUUUUAUACAGUAUUAAAUAUUCUCAGACGCAUUCUAGUACAUGUGGAAAUGAUCGUGGAAGAGCUUGUAGUACCACACUCGUGUUCUCAGAUGUUAGGACGACUUCUCUCUGCUGUAGGACAUUUUUUUGCUGCUGUAUUUCUUUGUAUUGUUUUUGCACAUUCUUGUCUUUCUCUGCUGUUAAAUAAAUAAAUCACAGAACAUGGUU